AUGUCCCAAAGGGUAGAUGAAGAGAAGAUCGAGGAGAGAGGCUCCGACAGAUACCUCCAGGAGCUGAGUGAGGACUACUCAGACAAGCAGGAAUCCGUUAAGGACCAUGCUUUGGCUGCUGUUGAGUCCAAGAACUCUUUGGACACAGAUGAUGGUUUCAAAUUCAACCAAGGUGAUAUCAUGGCCAUCUUGAUGGACGAUGAUGGAGACUUGCCUUCUUUGACUUUGAGAAUGUGGGUCAUGGCCAUUUGUCUUGGUGCCGUUGUUGCUGGUGUUGACUCUUUCUUCAACAUGCGUUUCCCUACUAUUGGUAUCGGUGUGGUUGUUAUCCAGGUCAUUGCCUGGCCAAUCGGUAGAUUGUGGUACAUGGUGGUGCCGCAGUGGGAAGUGCCACUUCCUUUCGGCAUGGGAUUUAACUUGAACCCUGGUCCUUUCAACUACAAGGAACACACCUGUAUCUUUGUCUUCUGUAAUGUCGUUAUCAGUGCUGGUUUGGUGAACAACUUGGUUAUUGAGGACACUAAGUUCUUCAAGAAGGAUAUUGGUAUUCCACGUCAAAUUCUUUUCAACAUUUCAUGUUACGUUCACUCGGUUGCCCUUGUUGGUCUUUUCAGAGACAUCAUGGUUACUCCAGCUGAGAGAGUCUGGCCUGGUGUGCUUUCCAACAUUGCUUUGUUUAAGUCCAUCUACUCCAAAGACAAUCCAGUUGUUCACGGAUGGAAAAUGCCUCGUUGGAUUUUCUUCGUCAUUGUCUUCCUUUGCUCGUUCGUAUACUACUGGUUCCCUGAUCUUAUCUUCCCAUUCUUUUCCACCAUUGGCGCAUGGAUCAGUUGGAUCAAGCCAGACAGUGCUCCCCUUUCCCAGGUCUUUGGUGUGAAGACUGGUCUUGGUCUUUUCCCAUUCACUUUGGACUGGACCCAAAUCACCUCUAUCAAUAACCCAUUGACUACACCAUUCUUCGCUGUUGCUUCCAUGUUCUUCUCUUUCGUGUUCUGGAUCUGGGUUGUCAUGCCAGGUCUUUACUACCAGAACCAUUGGGAGACUGCCCACAUGCCUAUCAUGAGUAACAGUGUCUUCGAUGUCACCGGAAAGCAGUACAACUUCACCAGAAUUGUUGACGAGAACUGGAACCUUGACCGUGCCAAGUUUGACGACUACUCUCAGGCCUUCAUGCCAAUUGCUUUCUUGAUGAGUUUGGCUCUUGGUAUUGCUGUUUUCGCUGCUCUUGUUGUCCACACCGCCUUGAAGUUCCGUUCUGAGAUUUGGGGUCCAUGGGCUAACAGAGGUAAGCAAGACGAUAUCUUUAACCAGGCUGUUAGACAGUACAAGGAAUUCCCUAAGUGGGUUUACGCCGUCCUUUUGGUCAUCAGUUUGGCUCUUGGAUUUGCUUUCAGUGAAGGUUGGGAUGACUCUCCAAUCGAUGCCGGUGGAUACUUUGUCUCUGUGUUGAUUGGAAGUGUCAUGUUUGUCCCACUUUCUCUUCUUGAGGCCAGAGCCAACACCAACGUCUCGUUGGCCAGUUUCUUCGAGAUUGUCAGUGCUAACUGGUACAAGGGUAACGCUUACACCCUUCUUUACUUCUACUCGUUCGGUUUCAGUAUCAUCCAGCACGGUAUGCACAUGGCCCAGGGUGCUAAGAUGGCUCACUACAUGAGAGUUCCUCCAAAGAACAUCAUGUUCAUGCUUUUCGCUGCCGGUAUCUGGGCUUCCCUUGUGUCUCCAUCUGUCACUGGUUACUUGUUGCACCACAUUGACGACAUCUGUACUGACAACGCCGCGAACAAUAUGAUUUGCAGAAAGCAAAAGACUUCUUUCAACAGUCACACUAUGUGGGGCUUGUUCGGUAGCGAGAUCUUCGUCCCUGGUGGAAGAUACGGUUGGGUCUUGUGGUUCUUCCUCGUUGGUGCUCUUGUGCCAAUUGCCCACUGGUUGUGGUGCAAGUACAGACCAAAGUCCUGGGUCAAGAGAUUCGACCCCAUUCUUUUCUUCGGUGGUGCUGCCAUGAUCCCAGGUGUUACUGGUUACAACUUCUCCACCUGGUUCGUCACCGCUGCCAUCUUCAACUACUUCAUCCAUCGUAAGUACACCUCAUGGUGGAGAAAGUACAACUUGGUCAGUUCCAUUGCCCUUGAUUCGGGUGUGGCCAUUGCUGCCAUUUUGAUUUAUUUCUGUGUGGUUUACACUGGAGGAUCCAAGAACUACUCUUGGUGGGCUACUGAUGUUGCCAAAAAGGGCUGUGACGCCAAGGGAUGUCCACAUCUUGACAAGAAGAUUCCUGCUCAGCCAGGUUACGAUUUUUAA